UGGAAUUUCUGGCUCAUCCCCUUGUGCCCACCUCGUCACCGAGGUGUGCCUGUUAUCCUCUUGAAGAGCUGGAAAAACCUGGGGACCUAGAGGAGAUUGUGGAGUUACUGGAGGAGGAGAACGAAGCCAUGGGGAGCGGGGCCAGUGCUGAGGACAAGGAGAUGGCCAAGAGGUCCAAGGAGCUGGAGAAGAAGCUCCAGGAGGAUGCAGAUAAGGAGGCCAAGACGGUCAAGUUGCUGCUGCUUGGGGCUGGAGAGUCAGGGAAGAGCACCAUCGUGAAGCAGAUGAAGAUCAUCCACCAGGACGGUUACACAGAGGAGGAGUGCAUGGAGUUCAAGUCCAUCAUCUAUGGCAACAUCCUCCAGUCCAUCCUGGCCAUCAUCCGUGCCAUGUCCACGCUGGGCAUCGACUACGCCGAGUCCUCCUGCGCGGAUGAAGGCCGGCUGCUCUUCAACCUGGCUGACUCCAUCGAGGAGGGCACCAUGCCCCCCGAGCUGGUCAGCUGCAUCAAGAAGCUGUGGAAGGAUGGGGGGGUCCAGGCGUGUUUUGACCGCGCUGCCGAGUACCAGCUCAACGACUCAGCCGCGUAUUACCUGAACCAGCUGGACAGGAUCACGGCCCCCAACUACCUCCCCAACGAGCAGGACGUGUUGCGAUCCCGAGUGAAGACCACAGGGAUCAUCGAGACCAAGUUCUCUGUCAAAGACCUGAAUUUCAGGAUGUUCGACGUGGGAGGGCAGCGCUCAGAGAGGAAGAAGUGGAUCCACUGCUUCGAGGGGGUGACCUGCAUCAUCUUCUGCGGGGCCCUGAGCGCCUACGACAUGGUGCUGGUGGAGGAUGACGAAGUGAACCGGAUGCAUGAAUCCCUGCACCUAUUCAACAGUAUAUGCAACCACAAGUUCUUUGCUGCCACCUCCAUCAUCCUCUUCCUCAACAAGAAGGACCUUUUUGAGGAAAAGAUCAAGAAAGUCCAUCUCAGCAUCUGCUUCCCAGAGUAUGAUGGUCCAAACACAUUUGAGGAUGCAGGGAAUUACAUCAAGACCCAGUUCCUGGACCUCAACAUGAGGAAGGACGUGAAGGAGAUCUACAGCCACAUGACCUGUGCCACAGACACACAGAACGUCAAGUUCGUCUUCGACGCCGUCACAGACGUGAUCAUCAAAGAGAACCUCAAGGACUGCGGCCUCUUCUGAGCACCAGCAGGUAUGGGAGAGGCUGGA